UCUAGCCGUUGCACGACCGGCGAUCACGACGCCAGUUUGAACGGAGCACUUGAACGGUGAUGACAUCGCCGCGCCUUCGGUCGCGAGUCCCGUUGUCGCGUGAAAAGUGAAUUUAUCUUGUGCGUUCUCGCGUCUCUAAUCUAUUUUUACCGGUAUAAAACACGCUGCGCGCCGCUGCGUUGGUUCGCGACGAAAACAUUGUCAGCGCGAUCGAGUGCUAGUCAGCUCACUAAAAUUAAAGGAAACAUGCCCCCAACCGUGAUUCGGAUGCCGAAUGGUUCCUCUGGAGUGGGCCGUGGUGGCGGCGGUCACUUCAAUGAGCCGCGCAAUCGAGGCAUUCGGAUAGGCUGCUGUCGGGUGUGCACCUGUAUUAAUUUGGAGUUUUUCAUGUCCAAGAAUGGGAUACUGAAGAUUUUCGAAGUCAUCCUGGGGUCGUUCUGUCAGACGUUGUUGAUCCAGUUCGGGAUGGACAGUGCCAAGGAUUUAGGGGAGGCGUUCCAUGGGUUUUUGACGACCGUGUCGGCGUGUCUGACAACGACCACGAUCCUGCUGUUGUGCUACGCUAUUUCGGCGCGGACGUUUCAUCUGGUGCGGCAGUCGAUUUUCGAAGUUAUGUACAACGGAAUUUCGUGCUUUCUCUACCUGAGCACCUCGUCGUACUUGGGCUUUGCCGUCAACGUUUGGCUGUAUCCCAAGUUUCUGGUGUUCAAAAACACCGGCGGAGUACACAGUGCCUAUCCGGCCAUGACGGCUGUCUAUUACAUGGGUACAAUCGUUGGAAUCGUGUACGGUUUGGAUGCGUUUGUUGCGUUCCGCCAUUUGAAGGGCUUCUCUUAGAGAAUUUCUUGCUUUUGCGUAAAAUGUACUCAAACUGCUGUAUUUAUCAUUCUAUUAUUAAGUUGCAACAGUGCAAUAUCUUUUAAUUUUUAAAUUAAAGACUUUUUAUAACACGGAGAGUUUUUGUGACGGAACAUACCA